AAGUAAACCUGUGAGAUGUAGCAGAAAUUUUGUAAUAGAAACGUAAGCUACACGCAUGAUGGCACCUGGAAAGAUAAUUAUGCAUUUUUACUGUGCAAGUUAACAAGCUGAAUGCUAAUCUUAUGUGUUAUUGAGUUAUGUAAGUUGUAAUAUGUAAUAGAAUGGCAGUUUACAUGUCCUAUACUUUAUAUUUUACGCUCAUUUAUGUUACAAGAUUAAACAUAUGACUAUUCACUGCACUUUAGUAUUGGAGCCCGUCCAGUGGUAGAAAUGGAUAAUGUCUCUUGACUCUUGGAAUUAGACAUGCAGCUUGGAACUGGAAGAUGGUGUCAUUUUUAUGAACCUUACAGUAAAACUAAAUGAGAGUUCCAUGUAAAACAAUGUCACGAGGAAAUCUUAAACCUGAGCAUAAGAAAUGCAUACAGACGCUAUACAAGUAUUUAAAGGACAACAUUGAUGCAUCCCUUAUUGUAGACUUCUUAUAUCAAGAAAAAAUUAUUGGACUUGAGGAAAAAGAAACUAUACUUUUGGAGAAACGAAAAUCUGAUAAAAAUGAAUUACUCCUAAAAUAUAUUCUUAACUCCAGAGCUUUGAACAGUUUUGACAUUUUUCAUCAAUCUCUUAAAAGUAGACAUAAAAAUGUGUAUGAGACAAUUGAAAAUGAACUAAAAAGAAUCACACAAACACUCUGUGGUGCAAGACUUGAAGAUGUGGAGAAAAGAGAAAAAGGAGAGGUGUAUCUGUGUGGUCUCACGGUUCUACUUUUUAGUGUUAAUAAAACAGACUCACAAGUUGUGUCUAAAACACUGAUGAAUGGAAAACCUCUGAAAAAGACUUUAGGAAUCAAGAUGGGAACCACGUGUCAUUCUGAACGUAAACUGAAUUUUGUGAAAAGUCCACAAAUAGAAAAAUGCAUGAAAGAUUAUGUAAAUAUAAUUGAAAAAUUAAUAAUAUUAUUUACAAUUAAAUCAAAAGGAUACCAUGCUUUUUUAAUAGCUAUAAGGUAUGCAGGAAAAAUGGCGAACACAGAUUUGCAAGUGAUAGAGACUUUGAAAAUACUGUUUGGUCCUAAUAUUCUGAAAAAAUAUGUGGUUUUACUUCUAAUUUAUGAAGAUGAAAUAAAAAAACAAAAAAUAUGCAUCAAAAACUGGCUUUCUCGACAAGAUAAACAUGUAAAAAAAAUGUUUAAAGAAUGUGGAGAGAGAGCCGUUAUUUUUAAUACAAAAACAGGAAAUUUAAAAUAUCUAGAUCAAAUAGAAACAAUCGUUAAGGUAGUAGACAAUCUACAGUUUAAUGGAAGGCGAUAUACGCUUGAUACAUUUAAAGAAGCUGAAAAAGGGCGGACAAAAUUAUUAGAGGAAGAAAAUGAGCAUAAAACAUCAUCAGCGUUGACAAAAUGCAGAGAACUUUUAGAAUCCUGCAAUGUAAUAAUUGCAAACGAUAACAAAGAAAACAUUAAUAAAAUGGUUUUAUUAAUAGAAGAAGCACAGUCUCUAAAGAAACAUAUUAUUGAAGAAGAUGCUUGCACCAAUGUUUUAUUUGAAACAAUUAGUGCUGUUGAAAGUGUAAUUAACAGUCUUGAAUCGCAUUAUAAAAAAUUAGUUGAAAUAGAGCAGAGUAGUAAUGAUAUUGGACGAAAAUUACAUGAAACUGAACGUUAUCAAAAUUUAGAACAAAUAAGUCGCAUCGAAUCUGAAAUUCGUAGUCUUGAAGAGGAACUCUCCAUCAAGGACAAUGAAAAGAGAAUUUUAAAAGAAAAGCUACAAAAGACAAAUGAAAGUAACUUGAAAAUUGAAAAAGAAAUUGAAAAAAAUAAUGAAGAACAAAAAUUUGGAGACGAAAAGAUGAACGAAUUAAAACUGAUGAAUAUGUCUCUGAGAAAAAAAGGAAAGACAAAAAGAAAAACCUAUUUUAUUACAUAUUUUUGUUUCAUCUGUCUGAUAAUUGCAUUAAUUGCAUCUUAUUUUCGUUGUUACGGUCAAAACGAGCACAAACAAAAAUCUACCUUGUCUUCGGGUUUGCUGAUUAGGGUUGACAACUACUCAUGUACAAAGUUCAAUAGCAAUCUCUACUUUGGUUACAUAAAAUAUAAACUAAUACGGCAAAUUGCACGAGAAUGUCAAGCCUUAGGAAAUAAUAUGUCUCAGAUAUUGCAAAAUGUAAAAGCCAAACAAAGAAAAAUAAAACUUAUAGGUAAAGAAAGAGAAAAACGAGAAAUUGAAAACCAAAACAUACUUUAUAAGCUUAUAGACUUUCAAUUAGAUUGUAAACCUGAACAUGCAAAUAUGACACAGUUUUUGCAAAGGCUAAAACGUAGUACUUUGAAGAAAGCAACAAAACUAAAAAAAAUUAAGAGAUUGUCUAAAAAACGAAGAAUAAUUUUUAACCAGAAUGUUCAAGAGUUAAUAUUAGAUUUUGAAAACACAAAACUCUAUUGUUACGAAAAUACUCACACAUUAUCAAAAAAGUUAAAGUUUUUUGAAAACAAAAACGAAGUAUUGGCUCAUAAUUUAACAACUAUUCAAAAAAUAAAUCAAGAAACGAAAGAUAAAAUAGAAAAAGUUAAACAUGUUUAUCAUAAAGCUUUAGUGAAUUGCAAAUUAGCAAUGAGCCAUUGCACAGAAUAAUAGUGAAAAAAAAAUUAAAUUAUCCAAUUUACAAAUAUAUAUAAGUGUUUGAUCCUAUAGGCAUUUCGAAGUCUUGAUAUUUUUUUUUUUUUGUUAAUUCAUAUUUUUUUAUUAAGUAAAAAAAUAUCACUUUUACUCUCUGAUUGCUUUUUUAGUAGAUGUAGUUAUAACAAUCUAAAAUUGGGGUCAGACUUAUUGUUGUACACGUACCAUAUGUUGCAAUGUCGUAGUUCGUUGUUUAGGCCUACUACGAUUUGUCUCGGCUACACAUACACAAUUACCAAUAUCCACAUUACCAACAUAGAUAUAAGCAACAUACCCUGAAUGUCUGUAAUGUAUAUUACACUCUAAUGUUGGUUACUAUUAUUAAUCCACAUUGAUCUAAAUACAAAAAGAUAUAUGCACAUCUUUAAAUAAAUACUUUAAAUUUCUUUUUCUUAAUCAAAUUAUGUAAUCAUACAUAUAUUUUGUUGUUAAAUGAUUUUGCUGAAAGGCUAGUAGCGAUGUAGCCGACACAUUUGAUGAAGGUGAGUUCUGGAAGUGUUUGAGGGAACGGUUUUUCGGAAACGUUCGGCUUGGGAAUUUUAACUUUCGGUGCAGGAUUGUCCGCCGAUAUGAGGUGCUGACGUUUUCACGAAGACUUGCUUUAGGCUCGUAUUAAAUGUGCAAAUAGUAUGAUAUGCUAGAUGUGGCUCCAUUGUUAAUUAUUAUUAUAAUUUAUAGUUUUGUAUUCGAAUUAUUUUUUUAUAAUUAUUAUCGUUGCGUUUUUAUUAUCUUGAGUAUGAUUAUUAUUUGUAUAUAUAUUUUUUAUAUUUGUUAUCCAUAGCCUUAAUUAGCUUAGUAUCAGUUAGGUUUUUGUAGCCAAUCAUAAUAAAUAGUUUAUUUGAUAUUUUUCUACGAGAAUUUAUAAAAGGACUGUCUAAAUCGGUCCGAUACAUCAUAGUUAGCCUAAGAUUACUGCAAAGUGUUUCGGAGUUAAUUGAUUAAUAAACAAUUCAUAAGGCUCCAAGUUGUUUCAAUUCAUGUUAUCAAGUUUUAACAUUGAUGUAGCAUUUUGACCAAUCUUAGCAGUGAGCAAGAAAGAGAAACUUAACAAUUGUAUUUGUUAAUAAAUUGUUUUAUUCAAUGGUUCCCAGAAACAAACACAUUAUUUGAUAUCCAAUUUGUCAUAAUACGAUAACAAAAUCAAGCUACCUUUUGUAAUUAUUGAUUCUAAUGUGAAUAAAAAAUAGUAAAAGUAAAAA